AUGUCGUUCGGGAAGCUUUAUGGCGUCAGGGACAAUCCCCGAACCACCGUUUCUCUCGUGGUCGCAAAGGAGAACAACCUCGAUGUUGAAUUGGUUGCGCCUCGGAAGGACGACCCCGAGUACAGGAAGCUGAACCCUCUGGGAAAAUUCCCCACCUUUGUUGGCGCCGAUGGCGACGUUCUGACCGAGUCCAUUGCAAUCGCCAUCUACUUCGCGUCACAGAAUGAGAAGACUACACUGCUCGGCAAGACAAAGAAGGACUACGCCGCCGUCAUCCGAUGGCUGUCCUUUUCCAACACGGAGGUGUUCCCAUUCCUCACCAGCUGGUUCCGGCCUCUCAUCGGUGCUGCUCCAUACGACCAAAAGACGGUCGAGGAGGCGAAAGCCACUGCUCUUCCAAGGGUUUCGGUCUUGGAGCAACACCUUUCCAACCGCGAUUUCUUGGUCGGAGACCACCUCACUCUGGCAGACCUGUAUGUGGCGUCCCAGCUUGCGCGCGGCUUCCAAUACGUGCUGGACAAAGCCUGGCGAGCCGAAAACCCCCACCUCACCCGAUGGUACCAGGCCGUGACCGCCCGGCCAGCUUGGAGAGCCAUCAUUGAGCACCCGAUCUUGAUCGACGAGGCUCCCAGCGGCCCCUUGACUAAAUAA